AGCCAUUCCAUUUUCCCGCGUGAUGGUUUUGACGGACAUCUAAGCGUGGCCGAGUCGGCACACCCGGCAGCUACUGCUCAAUAUUCGCUAUGCCGCGCGAGACCCAUGGCGGGUGUCUGAACAGGCACAACUGGUAUGUCCGCCGGGCCGUCAUCAUCCUCAAGUCCCCCGUCGUGGCCUUCUUCGUCUCCUACCGCUUCUGGAUCAUCGCGCUUGUCGUGCUGCGGCUCUUCUACGAGUGGCUCAAGAGGCGGGAGGAGGCGCGACAGUGGCGGGACCGCUCUAUGAUGAACACUCUCCAGGCCGCCAUAUACAGCACAGAGAACCUGCAGGACCUCCGCCGAGUCGAGAAGAGGUACCUACAGACCCACACCACAAACCACACCGACACAGACGACAGACGCAUGCGCCUGUGUUUGGCCAUGCAUGGCAUCAGGACUCUGUUCGAGCGGGAUCUGCGUGAGGUUUUUCGUAACGAGAUAGAGGUGCAGGCCAUCCUCACCGCCGCACGGCAGGCCGCACGCUCGACGGCCGACGACACCGACGGACAGUUCAGCGCCAGCCACGACUGGGACCUUGGCGCCUUCCUGCUCAUGGGCAGCGGCGCCGCCAGUCUACAAGACCCCUGGGACGACAUAUGGCGCCUGCUGCCGGGGGGCGGGCAGCAUGCAGCCAGGGGUGAGGGGCCGGUGGACGACCCUUGUGUGAUGACUUACAUCGCCCCUGCUGACCGGUGGCACAUCCUGAACCAGCUCCUGAACCAGCUGUCCAGCAUCUUCGCGCCGCACCACGUUUACUUCAACGAGCGGGGCAGGAACACGCGAGUCCACUACAAAAGCGCGUGAGCCUUGGCGCAUCAAUGGCAUGAGUGGCAACCAGACGACCAGUGUGUGUGUGUGUGUGUGUGUGGCAGUUGGUACGUGUUUUCGCUCUACUGCACGCGAACCAGUGGGCGAGGCCGGUAGGCGCACACGCGGCUCGGCUGCAUCCACACAGGCAGGACACACGAACAAGACCUUAUUUAUUGUGGCCCCGUCCCCCCCACCCCACAGGUACUUCAUCACGCCCUUCAUGCCACUGCCCGAGAAGCAUGACGUCAGCAACCUCAAGAUCAGGUGACCAACUGACCGAAUGCACCGCACCCACCGGCCUGCAGACCAGACUGUGUCAUGGAUGUGUGUGUGCGUUGUGUUGUUGACUUCAGGAUAGUGUUGGCGUCCGAGCAGACACUCCGGGAGAUCGGUAUGGGAUUGAUAGCGCGGCCUGAGAAAUUCUUCAGCGACCGGCACGAGGGCAGGUGGCGCAUUCUCGUCAGACUCUCUCAGCUAUACAUGGUCAGUCAGUCAGCAGUCGGCUGGGCGAGGCGAUGGGGACACACACAGAGACACACUUGUGCACUUUGCUGACGGCAUGCGUCUGUUGUGUCCCCCCCCAUCGAUCAGCGUCAGUUCCAGCGGAACCCCCAGGAGAUGACCUUCUCCAGCCCCCACACCCACUUCCACCACCCCUCAUCCCGCCUACACGCACCACCAGCUCCGGCACCCAUACCCAAACACCCACACGCCACCAGCAGCCACGCUGCGUCGACCGAGCCGUCCGAGAGCAGCCCCGCGCUCGAGAGCGACAAGACAGUGAGCCCCUCCCCGGCCCCCAUCUCCUUCGCGUCUCUUCCCCCACGCGCCACCAGCUCCGGCACCCCACGUGUGCCCAACGCCAUGCACUCGGGGUCGAUCUCGCUUGUGCGGCCGUCAAGGUCCACCCCGUCGCUUAAGGACUUGGUUGCCGGUACGGGCACGCCUGCAUCGAGGGGGCCGGGCCCCGAGAGGGUGCCGCUUCCCCCUCCCCAAUAUAGGAGGCCUGCUGCUGGUGGAAGGGGUGGUGGCGCUGGCACGCUGCGGCUGCAUUUGCCGCGGUGGAUGAUGCGGCGGUUCAGCUACCCGUCGUCGCGUGACAUGAGGGUUGGGGGCGGGCUGAGGUGGCCGUCGCCGGAGCGGUAUGAGCAGCUGAGCAUCGAGGACAACUGCUGCAGCAGGCUGCAUGUGCCCGUACCCACCCUCAAGAGCACGGUAGGGACGUCAGUGACCUGACCCAGCGAGUGGAUGGAUCACUGCAUGCGCCAAGGAAGAGAUGCACUGCACCCCACGCUGUUCGUUUGUAUGAGUGUGUUGUCUGUUCAGGUGGAUGAGGAAGAGCUGGCGGAGAUCAAGGCUUCAGAUGAGUAUGUGGUUUAUCGGUGUGGGGACUAGCCGAGGGCCGCUGGCUGGCUGGCUGUAUGGCCGGCUGAGGGGUGCAUAGGGCCG